CCACUUUUAAUGGAGUAGAAAAAUUGUUCAAAUAUAAAUAUAAAAUCGCGUCGCAGCAGCACCAGAAAUCCGAAUCGGGAUACCGGUGUCUGAGCUUUCGGAGAAUCCAGAUUUUCAUUUUUGACUUUUCUUUCGGCUAUUAUCAAGGAUGAUUCACUUUGUACUUUUAAUUAGCCGACAAGGGAAAGUUAGGUUGACAAAAUGGUAUUCUCCUUAUUCUCAGAAGGAGAGAACAAAGGUUAUCCGUGAGCUCAGUGGAGUGAUUCUCUCAAGAGGGCCCAAACUCUGUAAUUUUGUGGAUUGGAGAGGGUUUAAAGUUGUUUACAAAAGAUAUGCUAGUCUUUACUUCUGCAUGUGCAUUGACCAGGAUGACAAUGAAUUAGAGGUUCUAGAAAUCAUUCAUCAUUUUGUUGAGAUACUUGAUCGAUACUUUGGCAGUGUCUGUGAAUUGGACUUGAUCUUCAACUUCCAUAAGGCCUACUAUAUAUUGGAUGAACUCUUGCUUGCCGGCGAACUUCAAGAGUCAAGCAAGAAAACUGUUGCACGUUUAAUAGCUGCGCAGGAUUCAUUGGUGGAGACGGCAAAAGAACAGGCGAGUUCCAUUAGCAACAUAAUUGCACAGGCCACAAAGUAGUUUAUGACCGGAUUGUCAUUCGUCUUUCGAGUUGAUUUUGGUGUAUCAUCUGUUUUCUGAAUUUCAUCUUGGAGAACUUAAUUUCAUGUUUAUGAUUGUAGAUUUGGGACUGGGUUUUGGGGUAGAAUUGAUCACACACAUAAUCAUAUAUCAAGUAUGUAUAUGGUCUUGCAUUUGA